AUGAUCACGCGCUGUCAAGGCGCCAGGGAGCAGUUGGCCCUUUACAACCCACACACAGUGCCCGCUGAAGAAGCGGUUGGCUGUCUCACCGACGUCAUGAUCUCGCAGCGGAAGGGCGAAUUUCCCCCUGUCGCGUUCGUGGUAUCUGUCCACGAAAAACUCGCCUUCAAAAACACCGAAAAGGCUGAUCAACUCAAAAAGCGCAUGAACGGCGAGUUACUCCUUCGUAAGCACGUCAUGGACACGUUGCAGACCAACUUCCCAUUGCUUAGUGUUGACGAAUGCGAAAUGCUGCUCGAUCUGUUUGGCAGCAUCGCGUCGAUUGCUCAAGCUGGAGCCGAAAAGUUAUUGGACGUGACGGUGCUAAACACAUCCGCUGCACAAGCGAUCGAAGUCUUUUUUAAAAUGAUUCGCAAGAGCCAGCAAGCAGUCGUCCGUCAGGUUCUUCGCACCACCAACUAG